UACGUCAAUGUUCGCGUUUUGCAAAAGAUGUUUCGCAAAAACCCAGAAAUAUUCUAUAUUUUUUCACAAGAUUCUGAGCAGUCGUACAUAGUGGUCAGCGCUAUAAAAAAUMAAAACAACAUGGCGGACGGAAAACAUAGAAUAUGCAUGGUUUCAGAUUUUUUCUAUCCUAACAUGGGUGGUGUAGAGAGUCAUAUCUACCAGCUCUCUCAGUGUCUGAUAAAACGCAAACAUAAGGUUAUUGUUGUGACUCAUUCCUAUGGUGGAAGGAAAGGAAUACGAUAUUUAACUAAUUUCUUAAAGGUUUAUUAUAUACCAAUGGGUGUUUUUCACAAUCAGUCAGUGCUUCCUACACUCUAUACAGAUUUACCAAUUCUAAGAUAUAUCUUUAUUAGAGAGAAGAUAACUCUGGUUCAUGGUCAUUCUGCWUUUUCUACCCUGUGUCACAAUGCCUUGCUUCAUGCUCGUACCAUGGGAAUAAAGUGUGUUUUUACUGACCAUUCACUGUUUGGUUUUGCUGAUGCAAGUUCCAUUAUCACCAACAAGUUUUUACAGUUUACUUUGGCAGAUGUCGAUCAUGUUGUUUGUGUGUCACAUACUAGUAAAGAAAACACAGUUCUUCGUGCUUCAACUCAGUCUUGUAUGAAUCCCUAUAUCGUCUCAGUGAUUCCAAAUGCAGUGAAUUGUUCUCUAUUUACRCCAGAUCCUUCAAGAAGAAGACAGAAUCAGAUUGUAAUUGUAGUCGUUAGUCGACUAGUUUACAGAAAAGGAAUGGACCUGCUUGCUGGAAUUAUACCAUUAAUAUGCCAAAAACAUCCUGAUGUUCACUUUUUAAUAGGUGGCGAUGGACCAAAAAGAGUUUUACUAGAAGAAAUCAGAGAGCAGCAUCAACUUCACAACAGGGUUGAACUCCUGGGGACAUUGGAACAUGAGAAAGUGCGAGAUGUUCUGGUUCAAGGUCAUAUAUUUGUAAAUACAUCGUUGACAGAGGCAUUCUGUAUGGCAAUAGUAGAGGCUGCUAGUUGUGGGCUGUUAGUWGUGAGUACAAGUGUUGGUGGUGUUCCUGAAGUACUACCAUCAGAUAUGAUUCGAUUAGCUGAACCCAGUGUUAAAGCUCUUGAGCAAGCAUUAGAUGAGGCCGUCAGUUGCAUYAGAAGAGGUGAUGUUAUGGAUUCAUAUUGUGCUCAUGAAAAAGUCAAAUCWAUGUACACCUGGAUGAAUGUCUGCAAGAGAACAGAGAAGGUUUAUGAUACGGUAUCUAAGCUACCAAGUGUUCCAUUCAGUGACAGACUUCAAAGAUUGUACAAGUGUGGAAGUGUGGCAGGAAAAGUAUUCUGUGUGCUUGCUAUCAUCGAUUGGAUAAUAUUACUGUUCAUUUGCUGGCUGGUUCCUCAGAAGAACAUUGAUAUAUCAAUGGAAUGCCAAACCUUAUCGCAACGURAUAGAACGCAAGAACGUCAAGAACUAUGCAACGCAAGUAAGUGCUCCUGAAGCUUACCGGGCUACCUGUGUCAUCAGGGAUGAGCAGAACUGUGACUGAGAAAGUGUUCCCUUUUUGGUAAAUGGGGCGUAGCCGAACYACGUGCGAAGAUUCAAAGCUAUUUUCAUCGAGUGAGCCGAAGCUUUUUUUAAACCAUCAUCGCGUGGCACUAAGCUAAUUGUAAAAAUUGGUUUCUGGUCUCGCUUGCUUGAUAGUGUUAGGCUAUGGUUGUCGUCUUAGAUCUUUGUGAAACGGACUAUUUCAAAUGGAAGUCAGCAUUAGACGAACACGAAAGAAAAUCGAAAGAAACAGGAAUAAUGCAACCAGAACAGUGCAGUUACUUGUUCUAUAAGCAUUUACAAUGAAUAUUGAAUACAAAACUCUUAUAGAAUGAGCAGAAAAUGUCGACGAAUGAAAAGUAAAACAAGACAUUAAUCAAGUCUGGUAAAUCUCCUAGUCUCUUUAACUACAGGGAGCUUCAGUAAGACCCAUGCARUGUAUGRGAKUAUUGUCCGGUUAAGGGGCGAAGGUUUCURGGAUUAUCAUCUCAUUAGCAUUGACAUCARCACAGUGAGAUCCGACYCACUGAAAUGCGUCUUUUAAUCACACAUGUAUUUUAUGUAAUAAAACUUUAAAAUAUCA